AUUCUACUAUGUUAGUCGCCAGAACAUAAACAAUGAUAUCUCCACGUCAUUUUCUCCAACACAGCUAAUAUGACUUUACGAUUUCAAUUCAAAGACACUGCAUGGCAUUAUUUUACUAAAACAUGAGAUAGCGACUCGAGUCACAGUUGACUGAAAGUUUACUAUGGGGCAGCUUCUGCAGAGGUACCUAGUUGAAGAAGACGGUGGCAACGGACAAGUGGAACCUGGGGCAGUUAUUCCUGUCAAGUUUCCAGACCUUUCAGCACUUCCUCCCGAAUUAAGUCUCUUGGUUUUGUCUAAUCUUAAUGCAACUGAUCUGUGUCUUGCAGCGUGUGUCUGGGAUAAACUAGGAAAUGACGAAAUUCUUUGGCAAAGCUUAUGUAAAAGUUCAUGGGGAAGUGUAAGCAUUUAUCAGAGAUGUAGGAAUGAUCCAUCAUUUUCCUACCGAAAGCUUUUUCUUUGUCUAGAUGAAGCAACCUUGACCUUUAAUGGAGACCCUUUUAAGGGAGAAGAAUACCUUAUUUCUAAAGGACUUGUUGAUGACAGUCCAAUAGAGCUUGCAAAGUUUAUCCAUACAUCCCGGAAGAUAAAAGCACAGCCUAGGAGAAUGUACUUGGAUAGAAGAAGAGAUGUUUUGGACCAUGUUAUGCAGUUACAGAAUUAUGAGAAUCAAUUUCUUCCGAAUGCCAUGAGAAAGUUAUUCAGUACAAUAUCGGCACCAGCCGAGCGUGGUAGCUACCUAGAACAAAUCAUUGACAAAUUUGCUGAAAGAUUUUGCAACUGCAACCCAAAUCUUGGUCUUCACAAAGGUAAAUUGUUUUCAUAUUUAGAAGGACCUUUGUUUUGACAAAAAGGGAUACAU